AUGGCCCAGAGCGCAAAGGUCUUGAGCUGCUCGUGGGGCGCUCGGCAGCUUUCGACAGAGGCCGCCUCAAUCAAGGAACUGCCCGGCGACGAACCCAACGAUGUUGUCUUCGAGAGCAGAUAUGGCCUCCGCACCGUCAUGCUGAACCGGCCCAAAAAGCUCAACUCGCUCAAUGGAUCCAUGAUUCGCAAGAUUGUCCCGCGCCUCGUCGAGUGGGAAAAGUCGGACAUGGCCAACGUCAUCGUCAUGAAGGGCGCUGGCCCAAAGGCCCUGUGCGCCGGAGGCGACGUCGCCGCGCUCGCCCAGCACAACCAGCAGGGGGCCGACGGGUGGAAGAAGUCGGCGGACUACUUUGCCCUUGAAUACAAACUGGACCACUACAUUGCGACGUAUAGCAAGCCGUACGUGGCCAUCAUGGACGGCAUCACCAUGGGCGGUGGCGUCGGCCUCAGCAUCCACGCCCCCUUCCGCAUCGCCACCGAGAGGACCGUCUUCGCCAUGCCCGAGACGACGAUAGGCUUCUUCCCCGAUGUCGGUGCAUCCUUCUUUCUUCCACGCAUGAACGGCUCUGUCGGCACGUAUCUGGCCCUGACCAGCGACCGGCUGACGGGCCCCAACGUCUUCUACACGGGCAUCGCCACGCAUUACCUCCACUCCACCAGCCUUCCAGACCUCGAGGCUCGUCUGGCCGAGCUGAGAUUCCUGGACGACGACCCUCUGCCCCGGAGGCUCGAGAUCAUCAACGACACCCUGGAAGAGUUUUGCACCGGACUGCCCUUCGACCAGUCCAUGCAGCUGAGUGGGGAGGUGCGCCGGGCCAUCGACCGCUGCUUCAACAAAAACAAUGUCGACGACAUCAUGGCCUCCCUCAAGGAGGAGCGGGGGGAGACGGAGGCGUGGGCGCAGAAGCAGCUGGACACGUUGCAAAAGCGAUCGCCAACCUCGGUGCACGUCACGCUCAGGCAGAUGCGCGUCGGCGGCAAGUGGGACAUUGCCGAGGCGUUCAACAAGGAGUUUCAGAUUGCUUCCAAGUUCAUGCAGGGCCACGACUUCACCGAGGGCGUGACGGCCCUGCUCGUCCGCAAGGAGACGCCCAAGUGGCAGCCCGAGUCGCUCGAGGCCAUUCCUGCCAGCGACAACGUGGCCAAGCCCUUUUUCGACUUCGACCAAGAGGCCUCGCUGGAGCUCUUCAGUGACCGCACCUACUCGCAGUACCCCUUUGCGGCGCUUGGCGUUCCCACGGAAAAGGAAAUCGAGGACAUGGUGACGUCCAAGAGCUACACGCCUAAGGAGCUGACCAAGGCCGUCGUGGCAUCGCGAAGGGGGCGCCAGGGGAUCGCGGACGUGGCCAAGGAAAUCAUUGCUCGCAAGACAAAGGUGGACGACGACGGCGUGGUGAAGUGGUUAGGGGACGAGAGCGUUGCUACCAGCAGGCUGUAA